UUGUUCACCUUCGUCAGAGUUCUUUUUUCCUCUUCAUCUUCCCAGUUUCGCCCAUUCUCCGAUCGCUUUCGCCGUCGCAGAAAUGACUAAAUUCAGGAAGCUCGGUCGCCCAGCUGGUCACCGUAUGUCCAUGCUCAGGACUAUGGUUUCUCAAUUAGUGAAACACGAGCGAAUUGAGACCACUGUCGCAAAGGCUAAAGAGGUCCGUCGUCUUGCUGAUAAUAUGGUUCAACUUGGCAAAGAGGGCUCACUCGCUGCAGCAAGGCGAGCUGGUGGUUUUGUUAGAGGAGAUGAUGUACUUCACAAGAUUUUUACAGAAUUGGCUUAUCGAUACAAAGAUAGAGCUGGUGGGUACACAAGAAUGCUUCGCACUCGUAUUCGUGUUGGUGAUGCUGCACCAAUGGCUUAUAUCGAGUUUAUCGAUAGAGAGAACGAACUAAGGCAAUCAAAACCAGCAACACCUCAACCGCCACCUCGAGUGCCGCUGGACCCAUGGGAAAGAUCCCGUCUCACCAGGCAGUAUGCACCACCAAAGGAGGAGAAGAGUUCUGAUUCCGACCUAUAAGUAUAAGUAUCUCUUUUGCUCUCUCUCACACCAAAAGAACAUGUUUCUCCUUCGACCCCAUAGCUUUUGUGUGUCACGCUAUCAUCACUGUCCUCAUUUUGUGUUUCACAUAAGGUAAAAAUAACAAAGUAACUUUGUUUUUAUCCUUUGAAACAUUUUAUAUGUAGUUCCCUUGAACCAUCAGACUUUUUUGGCUAUCAUAUCGUUAUUCUUGCCUCUCCGAAGUAA